AUAAAAUCUUACCAUUAUCUCAUAAUAAAUCUUUGCGGUCGUUAUUUUAAGGAAAAUUACAAUCUUGUUGUGGAAGCUGUGCAGAAAUCAGUCAACCAAGUUCACCAUGCUUACAAAGACCCCGAUAUGAAACUGGAUUCAUGCGUAGUCACUGAUCUCGUACCAUUUGUGGAUAGAAAAGAGAUGAACAACACACCGUUGUUUGAGUUUAAGGAUGAUGGAAUACAUCGCAGGUCAGACAUCGACGAUCUUCAAGAUAAGAAAACCAUCACCAAUUGGUGGAGAUAUACAACUGUAGGGAAGUUACUGCGGUAUGAACCACAUAAUUCUGCAAUCUAAUGUCUCUUACGUAGUUUCGCUAAAAUGAGCAUCUAGUAAAUCAGUAAAUCAUUUUGAUAUGUCAUUUAAACAUUAAAGAAUUGGACAUUCUCGGUUGCUUUCUUAAAGCAUUCUGCAUGGGUUCCAAAAACUGUUAUUUUAGGUAAUUAUAUACAUUGUGAAAUUAAAUACUACUUUUUCAUAUAGCUGACUAUUUUAAUUAUAAUGUAGGUAG